CCAAAACAGUCGGAGGACCUUCGUCUGCUGCUCCCGCGUGCGGCCUGCUCUCUCGCGGCACCCUCGCCUGACAGUUCCCCUCUGUCUCUCGUGUUGAGCGGAGCUCCGGCAAGAGCUCUCGCAAGUAUGUGGUGGCGUGUAAAAUUUAUUGUGGUGGUGUGGGGAUGCCUGGCACAACUUAGCGCCGCUCAGCAGGUGAGCGGUGGGGUGCCACUGCCUCGGCCAGACCCUUCGUCACAGCCGAGUGCUGGAGUGCCACUGUCUAAUUUACCGAGCCAGCAGCCUGGAGUGGCACUAACAAACUCUCCGUCUGAGCCAGGCGUGUCACUGCCCAUCCUCACGAAUAAUGCCGCUGGGCAGCCUCAGGACUUUGGCAACCCAGUGAUCGUACCUUUGGACACAGGAGUGCCUCUGCCUCGGCCAGGAAGCUCACCUGGAGGACAGCAGCCUGUGGGAGUGCCUCUCCCACCGUACGAGACUGUGGGUGCCGUGCAGGACACCUCCAGCUUCGGGGGCGUCGGAGGCAUCCGUCCUGUGCGAGACCCCGAGCUGGACCCCGACGUGCAGCGCGUCGUGGGCCUGGCCGCCGUCAGGGACCACCUCCAGCUCAAGGCCCGCGCUGACACUGCUGUUAAGAUCAGCGAAAUUGUCACAGCACACAAACAGGUUGUGUCGGGUCAGCUUGUCUACCUCACCCUAAGAGUAGGAGAGACAGUCUGCCCCAUUGGAACUCCCAGCCUCAAUGCCUGUGCAUUCGACCCCUCUGAAGAUGCCCACAUCUGUGAGAUCGUGGUUUGGGAACGCCCAUGGCUCAACAGUACAAAGGUCAUCAAUGAGAAGUCCAGAUGUGCUGAAACAGAGGAUGAUAAUGACUUCAAUGUCUGGGGAAUUGUCAGCACCCUUCACCCUACUGGUUCUGAGAUCCCCAUCCAGACACUCCCCCAGGGCAUUAGUGAACAACAGCUGGGUCUUGAGGCAUUUAACUAUGUGGACAGAGGCUCAGAGUCCAAGUUUAGGGGUGAACUUGUCAGCUAUGAUAUUGGAAGGAUCUUGUUCGAUCCAGUGCAAAAUAUGACCCAGGUGCAGGUGAAUGUAGAGUAUGGUUUCAACCUUUGCUUGAGGUCUCCUGAUGAGAAGACUGACCCCAGGGUUUGCCCACGCGACAACCACCGUGACCACUACAUAUGCUCAGUGACUGUUGUUCACAAUCCCAACCAGAUUGCCAGUCUUGAUGUUGUUCCUAUUGUUGAGGAUGAUGAUGACAUCAAGUGUGAGAGAAGGCGAAGUGUUGAUGAAGAACUGGUAGUGCCUGUGCGUGCUCCUUGCCUGGGUUGUCCUCAAGCCGCCCCUCUCAAUGACCCAACCAUUUUGGAGAUUGCAGACUUUGCUUUGAAGGAAUAUGACAGAGCCUCAAAUGAGGAUGAACUGCACAUGAUUCUUAGACUUGUCAAGGCCCAGACUCAGGUGGUAGCUGGUGUGAAGUACUAUCUUACCAUUGAGCUUGCCGAGACACACUGUAAGAAACAACUGACUGGUGUUGAUGUGAACCGCACUUUCUGCCCUCAAGAUGUAACUGAAGAGACAGAGAUCUGCGAUCUCCAUGUGGUAGAUCAACCAUGGGUUCCCUCACGUGACCUUGUAGCCUCACAGUGUUAUGAUAAAGAUGACUACCCAACUUCCACCCAAGAUGAGUUCAUUGUUCCUGUGGCACUGGGAACAGGUCUUGGUGCAUCACCCUCUGUAGGCACUACAUUCAGGACAAGUCCUCCAGCACACAUUGGUCAGAAGCCAUUAGAAAUCAAUCCACAAACACUUGAGAUUGCCAGAUUGGUUGUGGCAGAAUACAACAGACGAGAAGAUGAUGAUGAGUAUUACAAAUUUGUCAAACUCCACGAGGCAUCUUCACAGAAUGUGGGAGGAACUAUGUAUCGUGUGGUUGUUGAGUUGGCUGAGACCAAUUGCCACAAGCUAGACCCAUCUCUAGGCAAUGGAGAACACUGUAUCAUUAAUCCCUCAGAAGAUCAUGAGGUGUGCAAAGCUGAUGUGCUCGUCCAGCCAGGUGUUCCAGCACCUGGGAACCAGAGGCUGGUUUCCUUUACCUGUGAUGAUUUAGAUGACUAUUUGAGGGAGACGCUGAUGCCAAUCUUGAGUUCAGUUGACCUGAUGGAUCAUCCAUUCUUGAACCUCCCACAAGGCAAAACAAACAUUCCUGGAGCUCAGCCUUUGGCCCUCAAUGACUCAAAGGUGCAUGAAGCUGCUGCUUUUGUUGUUGAGCAGUAUAACCUUCGUGGGGAUGAUGAUGAACUUUAUGUACUGACUAAUAUUGUCAGUGCCAACAUGCAGCAGGCACAGGGAAUCACAUACCUUCUGGAAGUUGAAUUGGCUGAGACCCACUGCAAGAAGUACUUGCCUAUUGCUGACCCAAGUCGCUGUGUGCUUGACCAUGGUGAAGAGAGGGAGAUAUGCCAGGCUGAGGUCACAAUGCCCUCAGUUCCUGGUCAGGCAAAACAGCUCACAAAAUUGUACUGUGAUGAGCGAGAUGACUACUAUCUCAACAAAAUCAGAGGAAAGAUUAUCCAGAAGAGUGGUGUCGAUCCCUCAACAUUUAGAACAGGUGCUCCAGGUGGACAGUGGAUUGAUAUGGAUGUGAAUGAUAAGAGCCUCAAAAAACUGGGAAUUAAGAUUGCAGAUGAAUUUGAUUUUAGGUCAGAUGAGGACAAUCUGUUCAUUUACCAGAAGGCGCUCAAAGCACGCAAGCAGGUGACAUCAGGUGUGAGGUACCAUGUGAUGGUUGAAUUGGUGGAGACAAUCUGCCCCAAGUAUAAGAGGCGUAUCAACAAGGCUCGCUGUGCUCCAGAUAUUGGUGAAGAUCACAUGAUCUGCGAAGCCAUUGUGAUGGUUCAGCCAUGGCUUGACAGACAGGAUGUUAUGAACCUCCAUUGUACUGAGAAAGAGCACUACCAUGAUGGUGAUGAGUCCUUUGAGGUCAAUUUACCUAGUGUCCACCCAACUGCCCAUGCUCGACCAGUCUUCAAGUCCCAGUUCUUAGUGCGAGACAGUGUCGAGAGUGAGGAGAGCAAUGAGCGUUUCUACGAUCCCUCUGGCCGAACUACCUUCGGCAGUGAUGAGUCCUUCGAAGAUGAUUCAGAUGAACUGACUCAGCAUGGUGGAGCAAAGGUUAAUACUCAUUCUGAUGAACUGAACGAGCAUGAUUCUGAUGAACUGUUCCAGCAUGUUUCACAUGAACAUCAUGAGCAUGAUUCUCAUGAACGGAAUGAGCAUGAAUCUCACGAACUGUUUGGGCAUGACUCAUUUGAGGUUAAUAGUGGGCAGCAUCCAUUUUUCUCAGGUUGA